CCAGGGACUGAGCCUAUGCUGAAAGAGUUAAAGUAUGAGUUGAUAUACUUUAAAGACAUCUGGCUUUCUCAGAAAGAACAGUAUAGGUGGUACCAAGUAGACUACCAAGUUGGAGUUCUUAUUUCAAGAUCGACUGUAAAUAUUAUACAAUUUCGAAAGUUAUGGGUUCUGCCAAUUCUUCAGGUGCUGACUGGCCUUGAACUGGGCACAUCCCAUCAGUUAAUCAAACCUAUACACUAGUUUCUUUUAAUGAAUAUAAGUUGGAAGUAUUAUAUUAUGAGGAUGAAAUGCCAUCCUGUCAUUGUCUUGUAAUUAUAUAUUCAACUUAAUUUCAGAUACACUAGACUGCAGAAAUGCCAUACUCUCAUUGUUUUCUAAUUAUUUAUUUAAAGGAAAUUGAAACAUGGUUGGUAAUAUAAAAGAACAGAGUAAUUCUUAAUGGCAUUUUUGUAAUGAUGGGUCUUGCAUGGGCUUAUUAUUUCUGGAAAGGAUGCUCUACCUGGUACUGGUGAUAUCUGUAGGCAGAAUAAAGAACAAACACUAAUGCCUGUUAACACAAAGUAAAACGACAAUCAGACAACUGUCAGGAGAAACCUGCCAAGAUACAACAUUUAUGUGAGCCUGUCAAAAGGAACAUUUCAUCAUAUAGAUUGAAACCUGAUAACUUGAUAUGGAAUUACAAGAAAUCACAAGAACUAUUUUUCAGAAACUUCAUCCAGAGCCCCCCCCCCUCCAAAAAAAAACAACCAACAAAUAAGAUUGAAUGUUGUCCAAGAAACGAACACUCGGAUAUCCCAGAAGGUAGCACAUAAGUGCAGUGACAAGUUUUCAACCAUGCACCAUGACUUGGCUAUUUAACAGCAAGCACCUCUUAAGUAUAACAGUGUUUUUGUCUUCUUUUGUUCUUUUCAUAUUCAUAUGGCCUACUUUGCAUCUCUGGAACAUCUUAUAAAGGUUUGUAGUGUUCUAUAAGUUAUAUAUGAUUCUGAAGUAUUAGUAUCAGGUUCAAUGGAUAGUUUCAUAUUCAAGAAACAUUUUAAUUAGCACUAACAUCUUACUGGUAUAUUGCUUCAAAUUCUUCACUUCAGAAGAUUUUUUGAACUGAAUGUUGAAGACUUAGCUUUAUUGCUAGAAAUCAGCAGCCUACUCUCAAGUAAGCCAGGCAUGCAUUGUAGCAUUUACAGGCAUAAUGAACAGCUACAAAAUUAUAUGUAAAUAUAUGCAUUUUUUGAAUAUUAUGGAGCAACAGCCAAAUUCUGAAUGGGUUAUUUAGAUCUAAUUGAAUUUAUGUGUUUCUAUACUCUUAGCCAAUGUUCCUUAAAACAAAUCAGCCCAAUUAUGCCAGAUGGAUAGCAGGGUACCAUAUGACUUUUUACACAUGGAUAAAAUGCUUUGGGGAAAGGGGGUUGCCUUUGCUAAUCAACAUACACCAAAGCAGUUUUUAUAAAGCUCUGCAGGAUUAACCCUCAAACAGACACUUAACAAAGAUGCAUCUUUGAGACAAACUCGAAAUACUGCAUUCAUACAGUCUGUCCAAAGUAUUUGGUGAGGUAGCAGAAUCUGUACUUCAGCAUGCUUGCUUCUUUAAUCUGUGAUACCUAUCCUGAAAGAGUUUCAAUUAAUAUUACUUCCUUUCAGAGCAAGCUACUUACAUAGAGUACAACUAAAAUUCAACUUCAUAAUGAGUAUUGCUAACGAAAUGUACUUGCAUUAGAAUGCAUUGUUUAAUCAGAUGAGUACCCUCACAGUUAAUGAUAUUUUCAGCCAUAAAAGAUCUAGCACGUGUUACAUGCAGAGAACAGGUAACAUGAUGUAGCAUACAACAAAACUGAUCCGUACCAGCAAAGAUCAGUUGAUUUCAACCAAGCACUGUUGUCAUUCCUCUUCAAAAGAGCAUUGUUCAGAUUCCUUGUUGAUGAGUGACUUGCUCUAGAGUAUACAUCUGUACUGAAAGAACACAUUGUCUGUUUUAUCACUGAAAAGCAAUAUUAUAUGCACAAAAUGGUUGAUUGAAAACCUUGAAAAUGCUUGGUGCAUAAUUAUUCUUCACCAUGCAGCAACUUUUGAUGUAGCAAUUGGGUGGAUGUGUGUAUAAGUUUCUCAAAUUCUAGAUUUACGGGUGAUACAACUUGCUGCUCUGGCUUACCUACAUUCCAUGCUGUGUUCAUGUACUGAUAUUGUUGAAACAGGUAUGGUAUCAACAAUAGAGAAAUCUGUUUUUGUAGUGCACAAUGUUUUCAAACUUUAGAAAGUGAAUGUAGCAAUCUCUGUGAUUGUCACUUGGACACAAUAAAAUCCUCUGAUCUAGAGAAGUACUCCAACAAAAGUUGAUCCAAACCAGCUAUGUGGUGAACAUGUGAAGAAAUUGUGGAAAUGCAAGCAAGAUGUAGCCAGUGGCUUUGGUUGGAAAGCCACAGCUGAAAAAUGCACCUAGAGGUGGUCUGGUUUAAAGGUCAACAGAGUCCAUCAAGCAUCAGUUUAGAUAUCACUGAGGACUAUACAAGUGAAAAUGAAGAUGAUUUUAAUAUACUCACCUAAAAACAUAAUCCAUGAAGACAAAUUUUUAGUGUCUUUUGACUGUAAGCAGUGAAUGUUAACAUACCAGUGUCUGCAAUAUUGCUUUCUGAUAAACUAGAUGACUUUCUCUAGUGUAUAAUUUGUGUGGGAAAUCAAUUUUUCAUUGUUUUAAGAAGUGUUGUGCAUUUAGAUAAUGAUCUUUAAAUCAUUAUUUUCCUUUAAUAACAUUCUUGUAUGUUUUCUACACUUAAAAUUUGACAGGGUUUAUGAAUUUCUGAUUACUAAACCAGAUAAAACAUGUUUACUGUAUGGGACUACUAUGUUCAUAGUAGUAAUAUUCAAAUUAUGGUUUGUAACAGCCUCUGUGUGGAGCCUUUGAAAUGUGUCCAACCAUUUUUCAGAUAGCCCAGUUUCCUUCUUCAAAUAGCUUGUAAAAGCCUUUAUUUUUAUGCACUGGAUUUUUAUUUUGUAAAACUAAAAAUUUCUGCAUUAUGAAUAAAUUUUAAUUCUAUCAGUGGGUCAUACAAAUAAUUGUGUGUUACAUAUAUUAAUACAAUAGCUACUUGUAGUUUGGUAGAUGUAUGUCAUUUGUUUUAAUGUUGUACUGCUUUUACAUGCAUGUCAUUUGAAGUAUUUGCAAGUUACUUUUCAGCUAUCUGUGGACAUUACUCAGUUGCCUUGUUACCCUAUCUGCUCAGUAAAAGGAAAUUAGAAUGUGUUUUAUGUGUAGUAGUGUGUAAAACAACCUGACAAUACAAGUUGAAAGGGAGUUUAGGGAACAGUUCAGCUUAGGUACUAACAGUUCACAAUGGUUUAUCAUAACAUUACCAUGUGUGUGUGUGUGUGUAUAUGUAUAUAAUAAAACAUCAAUGCAGUGCAACACAUUAAAAUAUAUACAUGUACUAAACUAUAAAUAGGCAUAUGUCUUCCUGAUGUAUCUUGUGGUGAUAAUAUGAAAGGUAAUAUACCUUCAAUGAAA